AUGAAGGGAGGGGAGGAGGAGAGGUGGAGGAGAGGGGGAGAUGGAAGAAGCUGAACCUGUGACUGGCAGGAAGACAGGGCAGCACAGUGCCGUCGACUCUCAAAAGAAAUAGUCCAGUUUAUUGGCCAUUUUUUUGUAUAAGAAGAACAUUCGGAAUACCUUCUUGUUCUGGCCCUCUGGGUCUUUGGGUCCUUAAUGUCCCAGUAGAGAUGAGCUGAGUCCUGCCUCACACAGGUAAGUGUGAGCACCAUCCUCAGUCAAGUGGAACCUCCGAUGGAGGAGAAUCAAAGUCCGAGAAGAGGGAGCAAAGCCUACCAGAUCUUCCCUGAAACCAACACGAAUGACGAGUCAGAUACAAUGCCUGAAGGCUUUCUUUACAGGAGGGAGCGUCUUCCCUCUAUAGUCGUGGAGCCCACAGAUCAGGAGAGCGGCCUCUUGCCUCCCCGAUGCCUGCUGGGCAACAGUGUGGAGGAAGAGCAGGAGGAGGACAGCAGUGCUGAUCACACAGACAACUCUGUGGAUGGCAAGCAGCAGGAAGGCGUGGGGACGGAAGACGGCUCGGUUGUGAGGAAGUCUUCUAUCGGACCGUCCCCAAGUCUGCUGGCCCUCUCCCGGCUCACCCCACCUGCCUCCCCCACUCCCCCCGAGGCCGCCCCUCCCUGCCUGAGGAGCUGAACCAGUACGACCAGUUCAGACUGAUAUAUAUGUAACUUUUAUAAUGCUUAACCUCUGCAUGUCUGACUUUCCCAAUAAAAGAGAAACCCCUUUGGAAAGGUUGAGAUGAUGUAAAAGUAUUAAAUAAGGGCCUAUUUCAAAAAUAUCAAAUACUAAGCUGAUUCCAGCGCUGCUAUUUGUUGAAUUGAUACCACUAAUCUGUGGUUAACUGCAGUUUGCUGGUACUGCAUCUGACACUGUGGACUGAAGAGAACUGUAGCAACAACCUCUAAGACUUUCCCUUUGUGAUUCAAAUGACAACCAGGGCCAGUUUACUAAAUACUAGCAUGAAAGCCCGGCCCAGGAUCAGCAGUUGUAUAGUUGAAGUGGACUAUCUGUGGGUGUUUUUAAAGGAAGGACUUUAGGAAGAUUGUCCCAAUUGUCAAGUUCAGGGGUAAGAAUAACGACUCUGAAUCUGACCAGUAUGAUUUAUGAGGUCUUAAUAGACCAGAUUUUGUGCCAGCUUGGACUAUUGUUAACUUAAAUAAUAUCGCAAAUAAUUGAUUGUUUUGUGUCAAGGUGUAAAUUUAGUAAAAUUUAGACUAUGUUGAGUUUUAAAUUCAAUUCAUUAAAAAGAUUGAGUGCAACAGUUAUAAUGACCUUAUUCUUGGAUACAUGUGUGCAGUCCCUUCAAAGUCACGUUACUGUCAACCAGAUCACUUGUGUAACAUACUGUACAUAAACAGGUACAGUGGUUAGCUGCUAUCCACCCCCCAAGAGAAUAUAAUAUCUGUAUUGUUGAGAACUUCAGUGUUAACUGUUUUUACAGAUAGAGCUGUUUGGUGUGUUGCUUUUUCCUCCAAAACAUAUUUACAAAUCCUCAAAGUCCGUGUAACGCAAUAAUGAAUAUGCAUUCUGGGUUUGUCACACCACAGAAGAAUGUGUAACUAACCACCCAGACAAAUUUGAAUGAUUAGGAUAAAUCGCCAUGUACUGUAUAUAAAAUUAGCUUUCAAAAUUAUGGAAAAAUCAGCAGUAUUCUCUGCUCUGAAACGGUGGGGGGGUGUCCGCUGAAGGCGCUGAAACCACGGCCACAAGCGGGUACAAGGUGCAUUACCUUAGUAGCGGCGUGCAAAGAGGGAAGAGGCCAGCGCCGAUUUGCCCGCUGUCACUCGGGGGCCUGAGUCCUUCUGAUCGAGGCUCAGCCCGUGGACGGUGUGAGGCCAGCAACGGUCCCCUAUCGCGUCGGGGUCCGAUCUUCUCAGAGUCGGGUUGUUUGGGAAUGCAGCCCAAAGCCGGUGGUAAACUCCAUCUAAGGCUAAAUACCGGCAUGAGACCCCGAUAGUCGAAAAGUACCUUAAGGGAAAGUUGAAAAGAACUUUGAAGAGAGAGUUC